AUGACGCGGACUCUUCUUACCGGCGGAAGCGGCUUCAUCGCCUCGCACGUUCUCGAUGCCCUGCUGAAACGCGGGCACUCGGUCGUGACCACCGUCCGCUCCCAGGAAAAGGCAGAUCAGAUCAAGACGGCUCACCCAGGUGUCUCGAAGGAGAAUCUGGACUUUGUGAUUGUGCCAGAGAUUUCAGCGCCUGAUGCCUUUGACAAGGCCGUCGUUUCUGAUCCACCUUUCGAGGCUGUGAUCCACACAGCCAGCCCAUUCCAUUUCCGUGUUCAGGACGUCAAGAAGGAUAUCCUCGAUCCAGCUAUCAAUGGCACUGUUGGUCUCCUCAAGGCCGUCAAGAACAACGCUCCGUCAGUCAAGCGGGUGGUCGUUACAUCUUCCGGCGCGGCCAUCCUGGAUUUCUCCAAGCCUCCGACGUAUACUUUCACAGAGGCGGAUUGGAACCUCAUGACCUGGGAGGAGGCUACUUCCAACCCCCUUAACGCCUACCGCGCCAGUAAAGUGUUCGCCGAGAAAGCUGCAUGGGACUUUGUGGAGAAGGAGAAGCCCCAGUAUUCCCUCACAACUCUCAACCCAACCAUGGUCUACGGGCCCAUCAUCCACCACAUCAAGGACCUCGACGGACUAAACACAUCCAACGAGCGCAUCCGGGACAUUGCCUUUGGCAAAGCCAAGGAAGCCUGCCCAUACACUGGGGUCUUUCUCUGGGUGGAUGUCCGCGACCUGGCACUGGCACAUGUGCUCGCGAUUGAGAAGCCCGAGGCGGGUGGGCAGCGGUUCUGUCUUUCUCCGGGUCAGUAUUCCAACAAGGACAUUGUGGAAGUGAUUCGGGAGGAAUUCCCUGAGCUCCGGGACGGGUUGCCGACGGGGGACGCGUUGAAGUCUGGAGAUUUCCCGCCCGCAGGGUGGUAUGGAUAUGAUAGUUCCAAGUCUGAGGAGGUCUUGGGGGUCAGCUAUCGACCGUUCAGGGACUGCAUUGUCGACACGGUAAACAGUCUUAAGCCGUUUGUGAAAUAG